AUGGAAAGAAUACAAGUAGACGAAUUAGAGGAUAUAUUAUGUAUUCAAAAUGGAAUAAAAGAUUUAGUGUCUUCUUAUGUACAGAAAUAUCUUGAUAGUAACACCGAUAAUGAUUUAAAAUCUCGUGUUACUUCUGCUGUUAAAAAAUGGAUCGAUGAUACGUUUAAAAUGUGUUCUCCAAAUUUAGAAGUGAAUGGAAUGACUUAUGAUAAAGCUUUAAAAGAGAUAGAUGUUGAACCAUUUGAUGAAAACCUGUUGUCAAAUUUAAUAUCAUUAGAAUCAGAUGUUGAUGUUAUGACUUUAAGAGUGACAGAAAAUCGUCGUAAUUCACCGGAAAUUAUUAAAAAAAAAUUCGAAGAAAUUCUAUUAUUACAAUCUUUCAUGAAAAAUCAUGCUGAAAUUAUUGAUGAUGAUGAUAUGGGGAUUUGUGAUAUGCAAAUUGAUUCUGAUACGGUUACUUCUGGUGUUAUUUUAUCCGAACAAUUUUCUGAACGCGUUGUCCAAACAUAUGACCAAAGCCUCAGUUUGUUAACUGAAUUGAAAAAGUCUACAACUGCCAAUUUAUCAAGAUUUGAAAGAGCUCAAACUGUUGUUGCAGAUAUUAAUAAAUUUAAUCCAACCUCUUGA